UCCUACUUAAUAUUCAUGAGCCACACCUUUAAAUACUGCAGCGUUUCCUUCAGUUUCUGGACUCUACACAUCUCUUCUUCAGUCUCCUCCUCGACAUCCUUCAGAAAGUCAUCUUCAUCUGAUUUACUGAGUCGCUGAAUCACCGAGUUUUUAAAGGCAAGCAUCAUCAUGGUGAACUGCUGUGGUCUCGUGUCUGAAAAAAACAAACCAGUUCCUCUGAAGAGCAUCUCGGUGGAGCUGCAGGUUCGGGAUCACGUGGCCUCCGUCAGCUCCUGUCUGCAGUAUGUGAACGAGGAGGAGCGUCCGCUGGAGGCCGUGUUCGUCUUCCCGCUGCCCGCCGACGCCGCGGUCUGUCACUUCAGCGCCAGGAUUGGAGAGCAGGAGAUUGUGGCCGAGGUGCAGGACAGACAGAGUGCGCGGGAUCAGUAUGAUGAUGCUGUGAGCUCGGGCCAGCAGGCGUUUCUGCUGGAAGAGAGCGAGGAGAGUUCAGAUGUGUUCAAACUGAGUGUGGGCUGUUUGUCUCCGGGUCAGAAGGCCUCCAUCACCAUCGUCUACAUCAUCGAGCUCAGUGUCCAGGCCGAUGACGCGCUGCGCUUCUGUCUUCCGGCUGUACUCAACCCACGAUACACACCUGCAGUUUCAGCGGCUGGUGUUCCAGAAGUUUCCUCAGCAUCAGUUAUUCCUUACACUCUGUCUCUGAGUGUUGAAGUGAGAUCUUCAGACCGUAUCUCCAAACUCGAGUCCAGCUGCCCUCUGGAUCCUCUGGAGUUCCUCGAUGCGCAGCACACUCACGCCAAGGUCAAUCUGAGUCCUGGUCACCGGUUCGAUAAGGAUGUGGAGCUGUUUCUGUAUUAUGAGAAUUCCCAUCAUCCCUCUGCUGUCGUGGAGGCAGGAGCGUCCGUGGCUGAGUCAGGUUCUCUGAUGGGCGACCCAGCGCUCAUGAUCAGUCUGUACCCAGAGUUCCCUGCAGAUGUGAUGUCAUCACUGGCGUCUCGGGGCGAGUUCAUUUUUGUGGUUGACAGGUCAGGCAGUAUGGACUGCAAGAUGCAUCAUGGGAAUGACGCACAGAUGCGCAUCGAAAGUGCAAGAGACACGCUGCUGCUGCUGCUGAAGAGUUUGCCCAUGGGAUGCUACUUCAACAUCUACGGAUUCGGAUCUCACUUCGAGUCCUUCUUUCCUCAGAGUGUUGUGUACAGCGAGGACACGAUGGAAGAGGCUCUGAAGAGAGUGAAGAGCAUGAGCGCAGACAUGGGCGGCACAGAGAUCCUACAGCCGCUUAAACACAUCUACAGUCAGCCCUGUUACCCAGAUCACCCUCGACAGCUGUUCAUGUUCACCGAUGGAGAGGUGUGGAACACUAAGGAGGUGCUGGAUCUGGUGAAGAGUCACGUUUACUCUCACAGGUGUUUCUCCUUCGGGAUCGGUGAGGGUGCGAGUACGGCUCUCAUCACAGGAAUGGCCAGAGAAGGUUCUGGUCACGCUCAGUUCAUCACAGGCACUGACCGCAUGCAGCCCAAAGUGAUGCAGUCGCUCAGGUUUGCUCUCCAGCCGGCCGUGGAUAAUAUCUCUGUGGACUGGACCGUUCCCGAGGGUGUGAUGGUGGACAUGCUGUCUCCAUCCAUCAAUACUCUGUUCCAGGGUCAGAGGGCGCUCAUCUACGCUCAGAUUAAAGGACAGAGUUCAGGACAGACUGAAGGAUCUGUAACUCUGAAAUAUAGGCUGAAAGAUCAACCGGUGACUAACCAGCUUGAGUUCACUCUUAAACCAGCGGAGGACACAGGACUGACGAUCCACUGGCUGGCGGCCCGGUCUGUGAUCCGCUCUCUGGAGCUGGAGGAACGAGCUGGAGGAGCAGACGCAGAGAACAUCAGGAGAAGGAUUGUGGAGCUCAGCGUUCAGGCCGGAGUGAGCAGUGCUCAUACAGCCUUCAUCGGUGUUAAUAAAGACAGCAAACAGACAGUGAAAGGACCGCUGCUGCAGAGGAGAGUGCCAGUAGCACGUACGUUCUGUGUGUGUGUGUGUGUGUGUGUGUGUGUGUUAGGAAUGGCUCCCAGAAUGAUGAAACGUUGUGCAAGUCCAUGUUACAUAGAAUCGAACAGCAUGGGGAUUGAAUGUGAUUCUGUCUCAUAUGAGGCAGAAGCUGAGCCCCAGAAGGACCCUUUGCUCCAGCUGAUCUCUCUUCAGAAAGCCGCGGGAUGCUGGGAGCUCAACGCCUCAUUGGCUGCUGUGUUUGGGAAGACAGAGGACCAGGUGACCAAUCAGAAAGCAGCACAGGUGGAUGGGUCAGUGUGGGCCACUGUCCUCGCUCUCAUCUGGUUAUAUGCGUUUAAAUCAGAUCAGCAGGUUGAGUGGCAGUUUGUGGCCAUGAAGGCGGCAUCAUGGAUCCGCUCACAGAAACCGAAUGGCCUGUCUCAGUGUGUGUGUGAUGGGAACGCUCUGUUGGGAUGUCAGGUGACUGAAGACAUGCUGGGAAUCUGAAGACAGCAAAUCCUGUGUUCUGAGAAGACAAAAUAUCUCCUAAACAUUUGUGUUGUUUCUGGUAUAAGAUAUGAAUGAAUUGUUUUUUAAAAGAAUAAAAAA